UUCCGCGUCCUCCCAUUCUGCCUUCGUUGGGCGCUCCCGUUACGAUCGCGCCUCGCCAUUGGCCAGAAAGCCCGGGAGGGCGCGCGCACGCCGCUGGCUUUGGCGCGAAGUGUGGUGCGGUAGUGGCGCUGUGCAGGUAGGACCGCCGCUGGAGCCGCAGCAGCGCCAUGUCGUCGCCAGCCUCCACUCCCAGCCGCCGACGGGGCAAGCGCGGCCGGGGCAGCAACCCCCCGACUCCACAAGAUGCUCGCUCUCCUCCUUCCCAGAAGCGUCGGACAGACGAUUCCACCUCCACCGGGGACCUGCAGCCCCUGCCCACGUCCCCGCCCGCCGACGUGCAGAGCCCCGGCGCCGCCGAUGCGCUGUUCUCCAGCCCGCCGCAGUUCCGCCACUCCGCCAUUCCUCUUGACUUUGACAUCAGUUCACCUCUGACUUACGGCACGCCCAGCUCCAGGGUAGAGGGUACCCCUCGAAGCGGUGUACGAGGAACUCCAGUCAGGCAGAGGCCGGAUCUGGGCUCUGUCCGUAAAGCCAGACAAGUGGAUUUACACUCGGAUGGGCUGGCUGAAGAUAUAGUUGCAACUGAGCAAUCUCUUGGACAAAAGCUUGUUAUUUGGGGAACAGAUGUUAAUGUGGCCUCGUGCAAAGAAAAAUUCCAGAGAUUCCUCCAGCGCUUCAUCGAUCCACUGGAUAAAGAGGAUGAAGACAUUGGCCUGGAUCUUAAUGAGCCACGCUAUAUGCAACGACUUCAAGAGAUUAAUAUGGUUGGGGAACCAUUCUUGAACGUAAAUUGUGACCAUCUAAGAUCAUUUGAUGAAAAUCUCUACAGGCAACUGAUCUGCUAUCCUCAGGAAGUUAUCCCAACAUUUGACAUGGCUGCCAAUGAGAUCUUUUUUGAUCGUUACCCCGAUUCAAUACUAGAGCAUCAAAUUCAAGUAAGGCCGUAUAAUGCACUGAAGACCAGGAAUAUGAGAAAUCUAAACCCUGAAGACAUUGAUCAACUCAUUACCAUCAGUGGCAUGGUCAUCAGAAGCUCCCAGUUAAUUCCUGAGAUGCAGGAAGCGUUCUUUAGAUGCCAGGUCUGCGCUUUCACCACCAGAGUGGAAAUCGACCGUGGCAGGAUUGCCGAACCAUCCGUGUGCAAGAACUGUAACACAACGCACAGCAUGGCGCUGAUUCACAACAGAUCCAUGUUCUCUGACAAACAGAUGAUCAAACUGCAGGAGUCUCCUGAAGAUAUGCCAGCUGGACAGACCCCGCAUACGGUGGUGCUCUUUGCUCACAAUGACCUUGUUGAUAAAGUUCAGCCAGGUGACAGAGUUAAUGUCACAGGUAUCUACAGGGCAGUCCCCAUUCGAGUUAAUCCCCGGGUGAGCAGCGUGAACUCCGUGUACAAGACCCACAUUGAUGUCAUACACUAUCGCAAGACAGACUCCAAACGCCUGCACUGCGUUGAUGAGGAAACUGAGCAAAAGAGGUUUACAGAGGAACGUGUGGAAAUGCUCAAAGAGCUUUCUAAAAAAGUAGACAUAUAUGAGAGGCUUGCUUUAGCCUUGGCUCCAAGUAUUUAUGAGCAUGAAGAUAUAAAAAAGGGUAUUCUGCUUCAGCUUUUUGGCGGAUCAAGAAAGGAUUUUACUCACACAGGAAGAGGCAAUUUUCGUGCAGAGAUCAACAUUCUUCUCUGUGGUGAUCCUGGUACUAGCAAAUCCCAGCUGCUGCAGUAUGUGUAUAACCUGGUUCCUCGAGGCCAGUAUACUUCUGGCAAAGGCUCAAGUGCAGUUGGUCUCACUGCCUACGUGAUGAAGGAUCCAGAAACACGACAGCUGGUUCUUCAGACAGGAGCUCUGGUACUUAGUGACAAUGGCAUUUGCUGCAUUGAUGAGUUUGAUAAAAUGAAUGAAAGCACAAGGUCAGUUCUGCAUGAAGUAAUGGAACAACAGACACUCUCCAUUGCAAAGGCUGGAAUUAUUUGCCAACUGAAUGCUCGUGCAUCUAUCCUAGCAGCAGCUAAUCCUAUAGAAUCACAGUGGAAUCCAAAAAAGACUACUAUUGAAAACAUUCAGCUUCCUCAUACGCUGCUGUCAAGAUUUGACUUGAUCUUUUUGAUGUUGGAUCCACGUGAUGAAGCUUACGACAGGCGCCUUGCUCGCCAUUUGGUUUCACUGUACUACCAAACAGAAGAAAAGAUGGAGGAGGAAUACAUGGACAUGGCAGUAUUGAGGGAUUACAUUGCAUAUGCUCGUAGCUAUGUAAAUCCCAGAUUAGGUGAAGAAGCAAGCCAAGCCCUUAUUGAGGCGUACGUGGACAUGAGGAAGAUUGGCAGUGGCAAGGGCAUGGUUUCCGCGUACCCGCGGCAGCUGGAGUCUCUGAUCCGGCUGGCGGAGGCGCACGCCAAGGUGCGCUUCUCGGAGAAGGUGGAGAUCAUCGAUGUGGAGGAGGCAAAGCGCCUCCACCGGGAAGCGCUGAAACAGUCUGCCACUGAUCCCCGGACCGGAAUCGUGGACAUCUCCAUCCUCACCACAGGAAUGAGUGCUACAGCUCGUAAGCGGAAAGAGGAAUUGGCUCAAGCCUUACGGAAGCUCAUCCAGUCAAAGGGUAAAACACCAUCUUUGAAGUACCAGCAGCUUUUGGAUGAUCUUCGAGCACAGUCUGAAACAGCUAUCACGAAAGAAAUGUUUGAAGAAGCACUUCGUGCCUUGGCUGAUGAGGACUUCCUGACUGUGACUGGAAAGACUGUGAGGCUGCUGUGAGUUACCCUGAGAGCCUGCUGUCACGACUUGUACUUUGCCUCACUCUAGACAGUGUCAGGCUGCAAGAUCUUUGAGAUUUGGGACUGUCAUCUACUGUGACAGGCAUAGCCUUUCCCUGCCAACCAACUGUCGUGGCUUCACUUUGCCUUACUAUAUUGCCACUGCAAGAUUUGCACUGCUUGGGCUAUCAUUUGCUAUGACAAGGGCAGUCCUGAUUUAGUGGCAUCACUGUCAUUAAAAGGUAUUAUGAAAAUCCUCAAUACAUCAAAAAUGCUAUUUACAUUUUAGGUAAAUGUAAUUACUAAUAUGGCAAGGGCUUUGUGGUUUUUUUGAGGUCUUUUAGAGCAUGGUAACAAUAUUACCUGUAUUUCCAACUGAAUUGCAAAAAUUCAUCUUAAAGGAGUUUUUAGUAAUUGCAAUUUUUACUGUUAGUAUUGCUGUAAGCUGAAAUAAAAUUAUUUGACUUAAA